CCCCAUUCCAUUUCCCACACAGACACAGCCCCAGAGGCCACCAUCCACAGCAUGGGUUCCUACAUCACCGACUUCUGUGAGGUCCCCACGCUCACCCCCCUGGAACGCAUCGGGCCCAAAGGCUAUGUACGGUAUAUCUUCCCCUUCCCGCUCGCCGAGGGCUACGAUCUGGAGGAAGUGACCCGAGUGCUGCGAGCCAGCUAUGCGGCUACCAAGCAGCGCCUCGCCGUUGUCGGCUGUGAGGCAGUGCCUGACCAGGAGGCGACGCAGGCGGGCGUGCUGAAGCUGCGGCGGCUGGAGGAUGGCGAGAUCGAGGACGUGGUCGUGCAGGAUCUCCGCGCCCCGGGCGCAUUCCCGACGACGUACGCGAAGCUGCAAUCGCAGCACUUCCCCGUCGCCAGCCUGGACGCAGAGACGCUAUGCCGGCGUUCCCAAUGGCCGUCCGCCGGUGAGCGGCUGCCUGUCUCCCUCGUCCAGGCCAACUUCAUCCCGGGCGGACUCCUGCUGAAUUGGUGCACCUUUCACAUGGUGGGCGACGGCACCUCGUACCAUACCUGGAUGAAGAUCUGGGCAGAGGAGUGCCGCCGUGCCCAAGGGCUGGAGAUUGCGACCCCGAUCGAGCUCCCCGACGCGAUGCUGGGGGAUCGGGAGCGGAUCAUGCAGCCGUCGGGGCGCAGCGCGGGCCUGCUGGAGGACCACCGCGAGACCCACCGCGGGCAGGUGUUCUACUUCUCCCCGGCCGCCCUGCAGGCGCUCAAGGCGGACGCCUCCCCCGUGCAUGCGAGGGAGGCGAGCGACCAGCCCUGGAUCUCCACCAACGACGCGCUGGCGGCCCUCCUCUGGCGCACGGUGAUGGCGGUGCAGUGGCCCCUGGCGACGCUCGAGGGCGAUCCGGUCUCGGUCUUCAAUAUCGCGAUCGACGGCCGCCUCCGCACCGACCCCCCCGUGCACCCGGAGACGCUGGGCUGCUUCCUGGAGUAUCUGGCCGUGUCGGCCCCGAUCCGGGAGAUCGUCGGGUCCGCCACCCUGGCCGAUCUGGCCAUCCGUAUCCGCAGACAAGUCCGCCGCGCAGACCGACACUUCACCGACGACGUGGUCACCCUGGCGGACCGGCUCGAGGAUGUCAACCGGCUGGUCCCGACGGCGUUCCUGGACGUGCCGGGGUUCAACUGCGUGCUGACCUCGUGGAUCAACUUCCAGCUGUACGAGCUGGACUGGGGGGCGUCGCUGGGCCACCGGAUCGACGCCGUCCGGUUGCCGCAUUGCGGGCUUCUCAACGGAACGCAACUUGUCCUGCCUGUGCCACCGGAGGGGGGGCUGGAGGUGUUGCUCGGGGUGGAUGGGGGCUGUCUGGACCGGCUUCUGCAGGAUCAGCUGUGGAUGAAAUAUGCCGUGGCAAGGUAG